AGGCCGACCGUCGCUCGGCGGCGGCGGCGGCGGCGGGUCAUUAAGUUCGUCGGUGACGUCAUCAAUGAUGACGUGUAGCGGCGACGUAUCAUCGUCAGCUGCUGACGAAGACGUUGAAAAACUUCUCAUGUUCCAGGACCGCAAGAGGCAACACUCGCUUACUACACUCGGAAGUCGCAGUGAAAGUCUGCCGUCCGUAUGCUCAGGCAGCGGCGGAGGCUACACGACGGUGGCCGUGAAGGGCCAAGUGCUGCUGGCACUGGACUACAACUACAAGGAGGCGGCACUGCAGUGCCACGUCCUACAGUGCCGCGACAUCGCUGCUGUGGAUGGCAAGAGGGGGCGGUCCGAUCCAUACGUCAAGGUUUACCUGCUGCCAGACAAAACCAAGGCGGGAAAACGCAAGACUAAGGUUAAGAAACACACCUUGAACCCCACCUUCGAUGAGGUCCUUAAGUUUCCUGUGGCACUGAGUGGCAUGGCAUCGCGCACGCUGUGGCUCUCCGUGUGGCACUCCGACAUGUUCGGCCGCAACGACUUCCUAGGGGAGGUGCUGCUGCCCAUGACUGAGGUGGCACUUGAUGAUGGUGCCCCUCGGUGGCACUCAUUGCAGGAGAGGUCUGAGUCUGUGGAUGAGCUGCCCCCCAUCACAGGGGGGUCAAGGGGGGAGGUGAUCGUGGCCCUGAAGUUCGUACCCCCUGACCUCUCUGGGUCCAGCACGAGCCUGUCCUCGGUAGGCCUAGGCGGGUCUAGACGCGGUAGGCGCAGCAAGGGAGGCCUCUAUGUCCUCAUCAAAGAGGCCAAGAACCUACAGAGCAACAAGCCUAACGGCACCGCCGACCCUGUCUGUAAAGCAACGCUGAUGCCGGAGAAGGGCCGCAGCAGCAAGCAGAAGACCGCAGUGUGUCGCCGGACCCUCAACCCGAGCUGGCACCACACCAUGCACUUUGAUGACGUCAGUCUGCAGGACCUCAUCGAGCGGUCCCUAGAACUCGCCAUCUGGGACCACGACAGGCUGGGACCGUCCCAGUUCCUCGGAGGAUGUCGCCUUAACCUGGGACUUGGUCUGUCGUUCGGACGGCCCGCGGAGUGGAUGGACGCGACGGGUUUCGAGCGCCGUAUUUGGCAGCACAUGCUGGAGAAGGCGGACCUCUGGGUCGAGAGCUCCUUGCUGCUCCGGACCUACAUGGACCGGCCCGUCUACCCCAUGGAGCAGACCUCUGCAGAGUGAAACGUCCAAUAGACCGGCCCGUCUACCCCAUGUAGCAGACCUCUACAGAGUGAAACGGCCAAUAGACCGGCCCGUCUACUUGUAGAGUGAAGUCUCCAGGUUUUACUCCAUUACCAAGAUGGAUCGAAAGAAAUUUCUAGAAUUUAGUCCACUGCAGAGGUGGAUAAAGUCAUACCAAUGUAUGUAGUUUGUUACUAAGACUUGAACAAAUCUCGGGAUCACGAUUAGCUGAGCGGAUGGAACGAAUAUUUCAAGUUGAUUUAAAGACUGAGGGCAUAAAUGUUACUAAACUAACGUUGCUGGUGCUAAUACCAGUAUUGUUACUAGCACUAGAGUGCUAUAUUAUUCAGCUAUACUUUGCUAUAUAAAUGAUGAACAGGCUUCUGAAUUAAAUUUUAUCUGAAUUUUAACGAAUUCUCUGUUUUGGACUCGAGAAGCGGGUUAUAAAAUUGACCUAUGGUGUAGAUUCAGAUUUAGAAAUGAGAAAUAUCAUGUCGCUGUUUAUCUUAUUUUUUGAUAUAUUUCAACUUCACAAGUUUUGCCGGCUGACAAAAUACCGCGAUCUCUAUUAUCUCUAAUGUACACUCAAUGUAAACCCGACAAUUUUUAUCAGCGAUGAUGUUAUUUCAAUUUUCCAUUUUAUCUAACAUUUUACAAAAUAUUUUAUUUCUCGAACGCACAGAAAUUGCUCAGGUACAUUACUCGAAGCAUUCCUCUUUCUUAAGUUUUUUUGAACAUUAUAAUUAAACUUUGUUUCAAAACUGACGCUGUGACUGGCCUCUAAAGUAGCUAGAAUAAAAUUAGUGAGCUAGAAAGAUAAUAUUCAAAAAUAUUUUCAUACCAGAAAUAGUUAGUUCUUGGAGUAGCUGUGAAGGUAAAAUCUUUUAUUUUACCAGAUGUAAAUUUCACACAAGUAUUAGAGCCAAUGUUUUGUUUAUACAGCUGGAUCGUGUGUGGUGUAUUGCGAAUAUUUUUCUUGUAUAGUUAGAAAAUGAGAUGAAACGCGAAAAAAUAGCGCCGUGCGUGAAAUAUUGUUGCGUGCUGCGUGUAGACAUCUAGCAGCGUGCUGCGUGUAGACAUCUAGCAGCGUGCUGCGUGUAGACAUCUAGCUGCGUGCUGCGUGUAGACAUCUAGCUGCGUGUAGAAAUCUAGCAGCGUGCUGUGUGCUGCGUGUAGACAUCUAGCAGCGUGCAGCGUGCUGCGUGUAGACAUCUAGCAGCGUGCUGCGUGUAGACAUCUAGCAGCGUGCUGCGUGUAGACAUCUAGCGGCGUGCUGCGUGUAGACAUCUAGCAGCGUGCUGCGUGUAGACAUCUAGCAGCGUGCUGCGUGUAGACAUCUAGCAGCCUGCUGCGUGUAGACAU